GUAAGUCCUAAACUGCCUUCUUCCCGGGACAACCGAGAUGGAUGGGUGACAAAACCGGUGGUUCCCGUAGACUUUUCAUUUUUAAUAAAAAUAAUAAUAAAAUAAAAUAAAAAUCAACACUGCUACCCUUCCUCUCCAGUGUCUGUGUAACCAAGAACGAUACCAUGGCGUCCGCAUACUUAUCGUCCAUCACUGGAGCUUUCCUUUCUCCAUUCCAUCAAGUGGCCUUUGAUAAACUUGUUAGCUAUUUAAUUGAUUAUCUGUCCAAAGACUUCCCUUCAUCAUCCGAAGAUCCCAACAAACUUCAACAACUUGUGCAAAAUGAUCUGAAGGCCUUUCGAAAUUCCAGGGAAAAGAUCAAAGGAACUCUGCGUGUAGCUAAGAAGCUCCAGAAGCAAGAUGAGUGUGGCCCAUUUCUUGAGAGAACUUAGAGAUGUUGUUUAUGCUGCACAAGACUUGGAAGAUGACUUGGAGUACAUAGAGCUUCACAAGAAGUUCAACAAGCAGCUGCCUGAAGCUUCAACUCAAUCUUCAGCCAAAAAGCCCAGGAUUUCAUCCUCUCAGCAAUUGGAGCUUUCACCAGAUGACAUCUUGAACAAUGUUCGGAACAUUACUGAACAACUAAAUUGCAUUGAUUCUGGUCUGAAGGAUGCUAUUAAAAUGGCUAUGCUUUUCAAGGAACUAGACAAGCAUGAGGAAAAUAGUCUUGGGGGGCAGCAUCAUAUACUUCAGAAGAGGCAUGUUACUACAUCAUCUAUGAAUGCAAGGAAAAUAUAUGGCCGUGAAUAUGAAAAAGCACAACUAAUAAGGAUGGUGAAAGAGCCACCAAGCGUCAAUAGCAAUGUCUCAGUUCUUCCUAUUCUUGGGCUUGGUGGAAUUGGCAAGACCACUCUGGCUCAGUAUUUGUUCAAUCACCAAGAAGUUGAAAGUAAUUUCCAUGAGAAGGCUUGGAUCUUUGUCUCACAUAACUUUGAUCGGAUCAGAAUCACCAGAGAGAUACUAGAUUCGCUUUCUGAUCAUAAUGGGUGUAAAUUCCUGCAUAGCACAAAUUUGGAUUGCCUAGAGGCCGAGCUUAAGAAGAAAUUAACCGGGAAAAGGUUGUUGCUUGUGUUGGAUGAUGUGUGGUCUAAUGAAUGGACAGAACUACUUUUUCCAAUUGAAUCUGCUGCAAUAGAGUGUGUGAAAAUUAUUGUUACUGCAAGAGACCAAAUUGUGUUGCAAGGGAAGGGGAAGAGAAAUGAAAUCAUUCUCAAAGGUCUAGAGGAAAAAGACUACUGGUCCUUCUUUGUGAGUUGUGCAUUUGGUGAUGAAGAUCCUGCUAAAUAUCCUCCAAGAUUGCAUGAUGUCGGCAAGCAAAUUGCACUAAGGCUCCAAGGAUCACCUCUCGCAGCAAAAACAGUCGGACAGGUGCUGUGGCAAAAGUUGAAUGCGGAGCACUGGAUGUAUGUCUUGAAGAGCAACCUAUGGGAGUUAGGAACUGAUGGGAAUAACAUCAUGCCGGCACUAGCAUUGAGCUACUACAAUCUACCGGAGCAUCUCCAAUUGUGCUUUUGCUUUUGUUCUAUGUUCCCUAAAGGUUAUGAGUUUAAUGCGAACAGUAUAGUCUGUAUGUGGAUAGCGCAUGGUUAUGUCUUUGAAGCUGAACUUAGUUCGAAGACAGCAGAAGACAUAGGACAUGAGUAUGUUACUGACCUGUUGUGUAGAUCCUUCUUUGAAUAUGGCUCUUCAAAAGAAUCCUUGAAGAUACAUGACCUACUGCAUGAUUUGGCACAUUCAGUUUCUUUAGGUGAGUGUUAUAUUUACGAAGGUCAAACACCGAAGAGGAUCCCUGAAAGUGCUCGCCACUUGUGUGUUCAAAGUUCAGUUAAUCUUAGUUCAAUAUGCGAAAUGAAAAACUUGCGCACACUUGUGAUAUUUGGAGGAGAAUUGCAGGCUCAUGAGCUUGAAGCUUUAAAAAACAUCCGUGUGUUGGUAUUGCUUGAUUCUGAAGUGAAAGAGAUCUCACCUUCUAUUGGUCAUCUUAAGCACCUGCGCUACCUGGAUUUAUAUGAAACUAGUAUAGAAUCACUACCUGAGUCUUUGUGCGGUCUGUAUCAGCUGAAAGUGUUGAAACUAAAAAAGUUAGGCACAUUACCAAGCCAAUUGAGCAACCUCAUCAACCUUCAAUUUUUCGUCGUAAAUUGUCAAAGAAGGCUUGCAUUUAGCCAGCCCUGGGAACUAGUAUUCCCUUUGAAAAAGGAGACUGGUUACAGGAUAGCGCAACUGAAGGGCAUGAAGAAAUUAAGAGGAACACUUACAAUAAGAAAGCUUGAGAACAUCCAAAGUAAAGAGGAUGCAAGAGAAGCCAAUCUAAAGGAAAAAUGUCAUCUCAUGGAGCUACGCUUUUUUUGGUCUGGUGCAUUUUCCAACUUCGAUGUUGUGGAAGAAGUUCUUGAUUCUCUGCAACCUCAUCCCAAUUUGACAAAUCUGUACAUAGUUAAGUACAUGGGCUCAAGAACUCCGAGUUGGUUAAUGACAUACUCAAUGCAGAAUCUCAAAAAAAUCCUGCUGUAUGGUUGUGCAAAUUGGCACCUUCUUCCAACACUUGGACAGUUACCUUUCCUCAAGACUCUGUCAUUAGAAGACAUGAAUGCAACAAUCGAGAGCAUUGAAGACUUGGAUGUGGUGUUCCCAUCUCUGGAAAAGCUAGAAUUGGAGCAAGCAUCUAUAUCUUUUGAUGGCAUGCCAGUGACAAGACAAGAAUGCCGAUACUUUCCUCGUCUUCGCCACCUCAGUAUUACUGGUUGUGAUAUUGUGCGGGGUUUGCCUUGGACUCGGCUUUCGGCUUUAGAAGAUCUAAAAGUAUAUUACAGUUCCGGACUUGAUGACCAACUUCCUGGAUGCCUUCAAGGCCUCACAGCUCUUACCAAGUUGAUGAUACGUGAGGCCAAAAUGGUGUCACUUCCUGGUGGAGUGAUGAACAACUUGAAAGCACUCAAGAUUCUUGAUGUCUCUCUUUGUAAUGAGCUCACUUCAGUAGCUUUACAGGCUCUUUCUUCCUUGGAGUACCUUAAAAUUUCUGGUUGUUCUAAAUUUGUUUAUUGGCAGUCUGAGAUGCAAGAAGCUGGAGCACUGUUGCCAAAUUUGCACGAUAUGCAUAUAGAGUAUUGUCAAAGUUUGGAGUAUCUACCUACUUGGCUAUCUUCCAUUACCUCUCUAAAGAUUUUAAGUAUUGUCACUUGUCCUUUACUUAGGUCACUGCCAGAGAGUGGUCUACCUUCUUUGCUGAGAGAAUUGUGCAUCUUAGGCUGUGACAAGGGGUUGAUAGAUCGAUGCCAAGACCAGGGGUCUCAGGAAUGGCUCAAGAUCAAGCACAUUCGUGACAGAAAAUUUUCUGCGUUGAGCCUGUGAAUUUUCUUUUCCUUUCUCUUUUUUUGGUGUUUUGGUUCGAAGUAGCAACAUUAUUGCAGUAUCCACUUGUCAUUGUUUUUACAUUACAAAUAGUUUCAAUCCUUUGCCUGGUGUACAAUGCUUGCCAGUUGAUACUGAAUCACAGAACUCCAGGAGUUCUGAUAUCUUUAUUGGAUCCAUUUCGGAUCUUACCAUACUGAUAUAUAUUGGAUGCGAGGUAGCUUAACGGGUGACCCAACGAAACCCGACCCGUUACCCACCCAGGUGCCAGCCUGGCAUUCUCCUCAACGUCUCUCCCCUGGCAUACGCCCAACCUUCAUCUCUCUCUCUCUCUCUCUCUCUCUAGUCUCCUCCCAAUUCGGGUGGGACGUAGAGGGCAUCACAUUCUCUUUCAUUCUCGCUCUGGUGAUCGUCGCCAUGGUGGUGUGCAUCCUUGUUCUCCUCGUGAAUUUCUACAUCCAUGUCAACUACUAGCACCCUGACGAUGCCAACCAGGCUUACUUUCUGAAGUUCGUCGUCAUCCUUGGCCUCUCCAUCGGCGCUAUCUCCAUUUUCAUGCUCCCGGCUGAUGUUGCCAAUCGUCAGGCUUGUUGCAGUGCCAUCUACAAUGAUGCCUGUAGCCUGACCCUUCCUAUGGAGACCCUUUGGCUCUUUGUUUAUAUCAUCAAUGCUGUCCUUGUCUUCCUCGCCAUCCCCUUCACCAUGUUCUAUUACGAGGUCGACCAGAACAAGGAAGAGGUUGAAGAGCGCUCUUAUGUGGGUGAUUGCGUCUGCCAUUAUCUGUAUGCUCAUUCUUGGAAUUCUCUAUGUGUUCUGCAUAUAUGGCAAGUGCCUUUUCACUGACAACUUGGACAACCCGUACUAUCUUCCCAGAAUAUGUGGUUGCUUUAACGACUAUUGUUGGAUCAGUUUGGAUCAGAACCUUCCUGAUAGAAAAUCCUAUGAAUAUCUACUGUUUCAUUUUGAUUGAUUUUUGGACUUCAUGUGCGUGUCCAUGUUAUUUACUUUGAGUUUCAAGCAUCUAUGGCAAUCAUUUCAGUGGCUUGGAUUGCCCACAUUGUGAUAUUGAUUGAUUGGCUCUCCACUUUCCCUUUUCUUAAAUGAAGUCUUCAUUCAAUUGGAUGAUAUAUGGGGGCUACUGGGUACUGCAGCAUUUGCUUUAUACUACUUCUACCUUCUACUCGCUGUUAUUGCAGGGGAAAUAAUGCUUGGUUUGCAAUUGGUAAUUAUAACCGUUCAUCCAAUGAAGUGGGGUGGAACACUGAUGAAUUCUUUUCCUUUUAAUGUUGGACUCAUUUUACUUUGAUCUAUAAGUGUGAUUCAGUUCUGUGCCACAGCUUUUGGUUCUUAUGCACAAGGAACUGCUGCUCAGGAUAUAAUCGGCCACACCAUACAGUCCCUUCGUGGUAUCAAAUAUCUAUACAAGUAUAAUAUGUUUCAAAUUGCAUUCAUUGGCUUUGCGUUUCUAACAUUAUUGUACAACGUGUUAUUUGUAAGUUCUAAUCACCGAUUAUCACCUUUUUGCCGUUCUUGAUUUCCAGUACUAUAAGAUUUCAAUCUCUAAGUUUGUCGGAACAUUUUCCGCAA